UGACGUCAACCUGUAGGUCUAAGGCCGCGGACAAAUUCAGUAACAGUCGAUGGUUUAAUCAGAUCUCCUUUACUCGGUAGAUUUAACUAUUAGAUUGUGUCUCUCCGCCGGUAAUCAACGGUUGUCUAUUCUUAUCGGUUCCCGCGCUGAUUUUGAAAUGGCGACUGUUACGGUUUCAGCAGCCUGGAGUCUUAAAAAAAGUCUGUUCAGUUGAAUCACAAUGUAAACAGACAGACAGUAAACCAGCAGCGAGUCAGGCAAGAAACAGGACAGAACCAGUCAGGAGCCAGUAUCCAGGGUCAGGGUGGCUGUGGUGUCGUCCUGGUGGAGGAGUAAGCUGAUGGAGAGUGACUGUCGGAUCCCCGUGGCAUGCUGUCGGCCUCGAGUCCUUGUCCUUCAUGCCCUGUUCUGGGGCCUCGUCUCGCUCAGAGUCUUUGGAGCAGCUCUGCUGAGUGAAGAGAAAACUACAGCAGUGAAGCCUGUGGUCACCCCCUGCUGGCUGCUGGAGGAGUUCGUAGUGACGACAGUGUGUUCACAGUGCAACGCCUUCCAAACUAAGUCGUGGUCGGCCUGUGGACUGACGGGAUACGUGGAGAGAGUCAACUGUACCAAAUCCAACAGAGACGAGUACAAGAGCUGCCGCUCUGCAGUGAUGGAGGAGCAUCUCUUCUGGAAGUUUGAGGCAGCCAUGUUAGCUCUGACGGUUGCCUUUGCUGUCCUGGUGGUCAUCCGUCAGCGCUGGCUCGACCGCCUCGCUUCUGAGAAGGUCCGUCGUCAGAUUGAGUCCAUCUAGGACACCAGAGACACCAGGACCUGGACCUGGAUUGAGGGGUUUUUCCCUGCAGCAUUAUUUUAACAAGUGGAGUUUAAACUGAUCCAGAUUCAGAGUUUGGACUGAAGACAGACUGCGAUGGAUCAGGGAACAGCACUAAAGAAAGCUGCGGGAAACUAGACUUUUUGUUCGCGGCAGAGGUGUAAAGUCUGAGCUGUUCUAACUCUUGUUUUCUUUCCUUCAUCAACGAUUAAAUCUUCAUUAAAAUUCAUUAAAGGUCAAAUUCUCCAUUAAGAGUCUGUUUUCAAAUUUUCCUCACAGAUGUAAACACGUUGGAGAUUUGUGGUUUUCCUGGGACAGUAACAUCAUCACAUUACAGUUGCAUACUGAACUAAAUCUUGUUGUCAGUUAAGGAAUUAAAUCUUUAUGGAGAAUUUAACUUUUUUUAAUCAACAACUGUUUUUAAACUGAAUUUGUUCAAACUUUGUUUUUGAAGGAAGAAAAGGAAACCUUAAAACCAGACCUGAACCAGGUUGGAGCUGGACCUCAGUGGUCCUCGUUCUCAUUUUAAAUACUCCCACAGUGUUUUGUUUUGAAUCUGUCCUUCACCUGAUUGGGCAAUCUCACCAGUGGAUGGGCUCUGAUUGGUCCCUGCCUCAGCGUUUCAGCCUGAACAACCAAUGAUGGCAGCAGAUACGUCAUCAUCUGAGCAUCUGAUAGGUCGGAACAGAUCUGACGAGCUCAGAGGUUCAGUCGACAAGCUGAUGAAGACGAUCAAACUUUUCUCCAUUGUUCAGCUGCUGUGUCUUUAAGCAUCAGGUGGAUCGUUUGAUUUUCUGUUGAAGUUCAGAUGAUUUUUAUUCAUUAUAGGGUUCAACUGUAAAUAUGUUUAGUUUUGUUUUUCUGUGAAGUUUAAGACAAAUAAACUUAAGAGGUAA